CCUUUAUAAACGGCGUGUGUCUGCGGCUCUGCUAGUCACUGGACACCAGCCUGGAUGGGACAGCAGUGUGGCUUCUCUGUGACUCACGCUGACCACGCCUGCUUGUCACUUGGUGGACGCUCAGUACAGCUGGCUGAAUACAUGAUAGGAUGCGGACUAGUAACAAGGGUUUUCAGGACAUUGACACAGGACUAUGGACGAGCGUCAGGGGAGAGGAGUUCCAGACUAAAACUGGUGUCGUAUUGCUGCACGACGAAGCGUCUGGAAAUGCCUACGCCGUCCGCCUGAAGCUGACAAAAGAGGUACUGACAAUUCAAACACAGGAUGUCAUCUGUGUUAGUGCCAGCAAUCGCAGUGCAAAUCACAGAACUGUCACCCUUCGCAGACAGCCUGUUGGCGGCUUGGGCCUGAGCAUAAAGGGAGGCGCCGAGUACAGAGUUCCUGCCGUCAUAUCAAAAGUAUUCAAAGGCCACGCAGCCGACCGGACAGGAAUGCUGUUCACAGGAGACGCCGUUCUACAGGUUAAUGGCAUUAAUGUAGGAAACUCGACCCACGAAGAAGUGGUGCAUCUUUUGAGAAAUGCUGGCGAUGAAGUGACCAUCACCGUGGAGCAUCUCAGGGAAGCGCCGUCGUUCCUGAAGCUCCCGCUAGGGUCCCCGGGGCCACCCAGUGCCCACAGCAGCCGGGCCUCGUCACCCCUCUUUGACAGCGGGCUGCACCUGAAUGGGAGCUCCAGCCACACAGCUCCAUCGUCGCCUCCGUCGCCUGUAGCUAAUGAACCAAAGUACGAGAAGCGCUGGCUAGACGCCUGGUCAGUCCCUCUGUCUAUGGCUCGAAUCUCGAGGUACAGAGCUGGAGCGGAAACGCUAAGGCCCGACGCCUUCCAGGUGGUGGCACUGGAUGGAGUGAGCUCGGGCCUGCUUCAGUUUCCCAGCACCCAGGAGCACGCCGGCUGGCUUCGAGCCGUGUCCGCAAACAUCAGUGACCUGACGCUGCAAACCAUGGAAAUGACAAAUAAGUGCUGUUCUCCGUGUGACCAGGUUGUGCACAUGGGUUGGGUCAGUGAGAGGCUCGAAGAGGCCGACCGCUCUCAAACCUUCAGGCCCACGUUCCUGGCCCUAAAAGGCCCCUCCCUGUACGUGUUCUGCACCCCUCCGGUGAGCAUAUUGGACUGGGUCCGAGCAGAAAAAACCUAUAACCUCUGUGAGGUGCUAUUUAAAGUUGACAAGCCCCAGCUCCCGGACGCCUGCUCACGCGCAAACCUGGGGUUCCAGGACCCGGACUUUGGGGACCAGGGACCACACUGCUUCAGUGUCCAGGUCGGCCGUGGCGGGAGUCACUCCUUCAGCGUGGAGCUCGGCAGUGAGUUGGCUGAGUGGGAGGUGCACUUCCAAAGAGCGACCUUCAUGGAGGUUCAGAGAACGGGGUCCAGAACGUACGUGUGCAGCUGGCGAGGACGAACGCUCUGUCUCACAGUGGACUUUGCGCUGGGAUUCACCUGCUUUGACAGCAGGACAAAGAACGUCCUAUGGAGAUAUAAAUUCUCUCAGCUUAAAGGAUCUUCAGAUGACGGGAAAGGCCGAGUCAGGCUGUUAUUUCAGAACCUGGACACCAAACAGAUCGAGACAAAGGAACUGGAGUUUCAGGACCUGACGGCCGUCCUGCACUGCGUCCACUCCUUCAUGGCAGCUAAGGUGGCCUCGGUGGACGCCGCUUUCAUGGACAGUCAGAGCGUCACCAGGAAGUUCAUGCACAGCAGCUGAGCUUGCGCUGGUGACGAUGCACAUUAAGUUAUUUUCAUAAGGAGGGACUCUUUUCUGCACAGCACUGCACUUGUCUGGUUUUCUAGCCAGUCGACAGUUGUGACUCCAAUAAAAUCCACCCAUAGUUUCCAGCGAUGGGAGGUGCUUGUUAAAUCGACGGCUCUGUGUCACCGCGUUGCCCCCGGUCAUGCAGGUGGCCUCGGCAACACGCCCUGGUGCCACUUUGAUUUCCUUGUCACGGAGAUCCCGGCGCCUCGCCACUUGUAUUUUCCUGGGGGUGUGAUUGGUCAGUGCCCCUUUUCCUCAGGGAGGAGGCUGAGCCCAGGGCUUGGGGGCGAGAUGAGCAGAGGACUGUGGGAAACGAAAUGGGCUUGAAUGAUUUAAUUUACUAUUAAACAUUAUAAGUUAAUUUUAUGUAAUGGAAUAAUGAUCACUUAAAGAUUAAUUUUUCUAGUUCGUGAAGUGUAGCCUGCAUUUUGCUCUCCUUGUUUCUCACAUGUUUUAUUACCUCUAAGAAAUUCCACUGUUUUCAUUACCAAAAGCAACUUAAUGGACUCCUGAAUUUUCUUCCAGGGGUGCAGACUGUAGUCAGAAAAAUUCAAGGUCAUGUAGUCAUUUUCAAGGCUGCAAGAACAGGAAGCAUAAAACCAACCAGACAGUAAAGUGCGGAGGGUGGUUCUGAGAGGUCCGUGUUUCCUGCAGCUUCUACUGCAGACCGGGCUCACAUGUGACCAACACAGCAGUGUUGGGGUGCAGUGCCCUGCAGCCCCCACCCCUGCAGGAUUGGUGUUCAGGAAGAAGGAACUGUCUUAUUUAUAACGUAUCAAAUAUUUACAAGCGAUGGUUUUUAUGUUUGAAAAUAUAUCCUCCCUUUUAGAGGACAUCUCUAUAUAUUUUAUGUAUAAAAUCCUAUUUACAUUUUAAUGACUUCCAUGAACAGUCUAACGUGAACCCCGUAUUUAAAGUGAAUUUUAAAUAAUAUUUCACAAGCAUGGUGUUCACAGAGCGUCAGGCAGCCUUUUUCUCUGCAGAUGUUUAAUCUCUGGUUUUAACGUAAGCUUUAACUCAAAUAUUAAUAUUAAUAGCAGUAGGAGUUUACAAUUUUAUAAAAUAUUCACUAGCUGAGAAAGAGAAAGUUAGCAAUGUCCCUUUCUCUCAUUUCCUGUGGGUUUGAUAGUUUGAUCUGAGAAUUUAAUGGGUUCUCAUCUUCCUCCCUCGUGCCAAAGAGCCUAAACUCACUCAAAAAUGGGUGUUCUCUGUGCUAACGAGGGAAGAAGCCGUGAGGCAUCUGUGUUUGGUUUUCAUGAAGAAAACAGUUUAGAACGCGCCUUUCUUGGAGUGUGAGCACGACCACACACUCAGACGCGAGCUGGGCUCGCCAGUCCUUGGCUCUUUUAAACGGUCCACGAGGAGCUUCUCACAAGUCUGUUCGGUCAGAUUUGGAGGUAAGAAGCUGCUGGGCAGUGUCCCCGAGAGUCCAGGGGUUUAGCAGUGGACCCAGGACGGCCUCUUCACUCAUCUGAUGUGGGGACACUUCCUCCAUGGACGUGGCCUUCGUAUCACCCAGGGCACCUGGGGGGACCAACGGUGACCACGUCAGGUCUGCUGCUGUGCCUGCCCCAUGCCUCCUCGUGUCCAGUGCAGGUCAGGGACGGCCCGCUGACCUGCCUGCCCAGACGGGGGCCACAGGGCUCAGGGCAUCAGUGUCCCCACACCCAUGGCUGAGUCUUUCCUCACUCGGCCCCUUCCUCCCAUGAAAUGAGAGUAAAGGCGUUAACAACAGCAAAAAUGACAUUCCCAUGGCAACUAAAUGGUGUUAUUUUUAAGCUGCACAAGCUUUAAUGCUGCUCACAGUGAAAGGAAAACCAAAUUCACAUUUCUGAACUAUUCCCAAGGGCUUGGGGGCAGGACAGCUCUUCGUGUGCACUGUCCUAAAAAUAUACUUCCUGUUUCGGCAAUGACAAAAGAGGUAACAUAGAAUUUGGUUGGAAAAAAGAUACGCGAAGGUCGGACAAUUUAGUUCGCGAACUUUCCACUAUGCGUUUACAUGGUGGAAAGUUCGCAAACUUAAGUGUCCGACAUACAUUUUAUUUGUACCUAACCGUAAAUUUAUACCACAGUGGGAGAUAAGAAUAUUAAAUAAUAUGUAUUUUUCCUAAGAGAAAAUUUUUUCCCAUAAUAAACUGUUCCUUUAAAACUGGAAUUCAAAGCAAAUGCAAAACAAAACGAAUGUCCACAGUUUCCUCCAGGGAAAGCAAAAUUCCUGUUUCCUUUAGGUUUUUCGGAGGAAAAGCAGCCCACACUGCCACCAGAGGUUUGGGGGGCUUCCCGAGCCCUCCAGGAAUGACAAGUGAGCACUUGCGUUCCUUUGGUGGGUACCGACCUUGAUUUGGGACGGGCGUUUUCAGAAGUCACCUCCAAGGUCAGCCUGGGAUUUCUGUGCUUCUUUGCAAAACCACCUCUUACUGGAGCUCAGAGCCAAGAUGAGAGACGAGCUGACCCCUGGGGUGGAGGUGUCACACGGUCUCCUAUGAGUAGGGACUAGCUGUGUGUCCCCAAGAGCUCCCCCGAACCCACAGAUUCAGAUAAGGGCAAGGCCACAGACAGGCCGUGGCUCUCCCUGACUGGUUUCUGACCCUUUGUCCUCAGAACUGAUGAAACUAAUGUCUGCUUAGCCCCCAAAGCCUUUCUCCCGCCCUGGAGGACAUGUCCAGAAAGUUAGCACAACUGUGGAAAUGCCCAGAAGGUGGAGGUGGACCCACGGCUCGGUGUGGGUUCUGGGGUGAGUGCUGCGUCCGUGCUUAAGUCCCUCCCGCUUCAAACUCGGGAUGUGGGUCAUCCGAGCGGUUGUCCACGUGGUUUAAUCAGGCGUUUGACAGCAGAGCUGGCCACCCACCGCCCUGACCAGCCGGCUCCACGGCCUGUUUCCGGAAAUGCAACUCGCUGGGGACUCGCCGUGUGCAGUGGGUGCCGCCUCUCACUGAGCCGCACACCGGAGCAGACUGCCGCCGGGAGCGUGUGCUGGCCUCCUGGCUGUGUCCCGUGUCCUGCAGCAGCAGCCAUUUAGCCUCCCGCUGUCGGGGCCACAUUUUCCAAAGUGUUGUGG